CGACGGCCAAUCAAAGACAGAAGUCGUCGACACAUCCAGGCGAAGGCAGAGGGCUCGACGGUCACCGACAGACAUGGGUGUCGGCAAUGCGGUCAACAGAGUCAUCGCCGUCGCCUUCUUGACGGCAUCGGCUGUCAUGUUCCUCAUCAUCUGUAUAUCUACCCCGGUCUUCAAGCAAUUCACCUUUCUCUCCACCACCCUCGGUGAUGGCACCCUCGUCAGAGCUGGCAUAUGGGGAUACUGUGUCCGCAACCCUCAGGGCGUCGAGAGCUGCCCGCAUUCAUCGGUCGGCUACGUGUUGAAUGCCGCCGGACUGCCAGGAUAUACUGGCAGCGGACCUGCAACGACUGUCAUCGUGGGCAAGCCGCUAUCGACUGCUCUCAUUCUUUACGUCCUGACGUUCGGUCAGAACCUGCUGGCACUUCAGGCUGCCUUUCUGCCCUUCCGAUUGGUCACCAUCAUCGCCCUCGUCCUGAUCUUCAUGCUCUUCGGCAUCGGCGCCAUCUCACUGCUUAUCAGCUUCAUCGUCUACUCACAAGCCAACAGUCGGAUGUACCAGCAGUUCCCCAAUGGCACAGUCUCCUCCCGGCUGGGCAACUGCAACUGGCUUGGACUGGCCGCAGUGUGUUGCACCAUCUUGGCUUUCAUCUUCCUGCUCAUCGCCAUGCCUGCCAAGGAACGGCCGAGAGACGAGAAGCACUACACUUGGGACGACAUGUCUGUGCACGACGACAACUCUGUCGUCGACGAAGGCCGUUCUUCGAAGCGGUCCAGAGGGUACGGCACGAGUGGCUACGGCAGCCGAUCUGGCCGAUCUGGCACAUCCUAUUCCAGUCGAACACGCUCGGAACGGUCCAGCCGAUCUGGCACAGGCGCAGGUAGCCGAUCCUACAACACUCGAUCGCGCGAUGGCACUGGCUCUGAGGCAUACGAGGACGAGCACGAGAUGCACGACCGGAGGACCAACUCGAGCGAGUCGUCCGUCGUGUCGAGAUAUGAUUGAGUCAAUCUCGCCAGGAAAGCCAGCUCGGACACUCAUACAGAGACCGCGCUCCUAACUUAUUCGCCUCUUUCGCACCUGUCAUGAUCGCUCGUUAGGCGAUUGGAUGUACACUCCUCGAUUGCAUGUACUCAGUACUGUUGCGUUUGAUUCCCAGACUGAUCACCUCGGA